AUGCUGAUUCCGCUCAUAUCGUUGGUGCUGCUUUGGACCGCAGCAGCGCAGCCUGCAGGCACUCACCUGGAGCCUGCGACGGAUGACGCUUACGACAUGGUAAGUCGCAUCGAUGUAGACGACUCGGUAGUGGCGGUAGUGCGUCGCAAUGGGGUUCUCCACCUGCUCUACGACGAGACCAUCAUUGGAGCCGAAUUCGACGACCCGUAUCUACGCAAGCAGACGGCGUUCCCCGGCUUCACCAUUAUGCAAUGUGCUGCCUAUUUGGAGCGUAAACCCACCAAGGCCCUGCAGAUCGGACUGGGUAUUGGCAGUGUGCCGAGCUUUUUACGAGAAAUGGACAUCCCUACAGAUGUGGUGGAGAUUAGCGAAGCAGUGGUGACUCAAGCAGCGGACUACUUCCAGUAUGAAUGGUGCGAAGAGGACGAGUGUCCUCAAGGUAGAACAGUCGUGAUGGAUGGCCUGAAAUUCCUGGCUAGUAAACCGGAGGAUCUUGACAUUGAGACGGACACGGAGAACCCUUACGAUCUCUUCAUUGUGGACGUUUACACUGGCUGGAAUCCCUUCGCGUUCUUUGUUCGCGAGGAAAUGCUGCGUGUCCGUGAGAAUUGGCUGACUACCGAUGGAGUGUUGGUCAUGAAUUUCGUGGGAUACAUGCAAGACCCCCGUGCGGCGGCCCCUAAAUCGAUCUAUCGAACGCUGCAGAGCGUGUUCAAGUACGUCAAAUGCUUCCGGGAGAUGGAAGCGCCCGAUGAGCCCGAGGCAGCAAACAUCGUGUUCUACGCUUCAGACAAGCUGUUCGACUUCAAUCUACCCUCCACGGGCAUGUACAAGGACCCACCAGCACACACAUUCUUCAGCGUCGUCAAAAAUUUCCCCAAGUGGGAGUGCGCUUCGUGGCAUCUAACGACGACACUCAAACCGCAACUUCUGCUGCGCCACGCGUGCUGA